CAAACCCUGUUUCGUUGAUGCUAUCCGGCGACAGCGCCCCCGCCCCAAAGCCAACGCAAAACCAUCGACGCACCCAAACACUCGAGCCAAGCCCCCCCGACUCCGAUCACCCCGAUGGCGUCCGACGAGGCCCCCAAGCCGGCGGCGGAUCGAAUUCGGGUGGUCGGCAAGUGGGUCGGCGCCCUGGAGGUGGAACUGGGCGCCUGGACGGUGCCGAUGCUGCGGGCGGAGGUGGCGCGGCGGGUUGGGGACGGCGUGGAGCCCGAACGCGUCGGCCUCAUCUUCGGCGGCCGCGUGCUCAAGGAUGAGCCCCCCGCCUCGCUGCGGGAGGCCGGGCUCAAGGCCAACGCCAAGGUGCUUUCCUCCCUCGCAUCCCCAGAUCGCGCCAAGGAAAUCGCCGCCGAAGCCGCCAAGGCGAAGGCCGAGGAGGAGCACGCCGCUAGGCUUGUCAGGCUCUGGGAUGCUGCGAAAGCAAUGUCUCAAAGGCACACAGAUGGGUCCUUCCUUGAAGGUGAAGACUACAACUUAGAUCUUGAGGAUCAAAGUGGCCAGAAAGUGAUGUUUGGAUCUGUUGAUGAUAUGAAAGCUUUGAAGAUGGCUCUAAUGCUUCACCAAAAAGCUAAAACUCAGAUGAAGAGAAAAAGGUACAAGGAAGCACUAGAUGUAUUAAUAAUGGCUGAGGAAGCUUUCUCCCUUUGUGACUCAAAACUCAUUGAGAAAGUUGAUAAUGUGCCAAUGCUUCAACUAGAUAUAGUAUGGUGCUAUUUUGUGCUUCGUGAUGUAUCAUGCCUGGAGGUUGCAGGGACUCGCCUUGAAAAAGCACGAGUAGGAUUUGAACGUUCCCAUGGGAAAGAUUCCUCUCGCUUCAGAGUACUUCAGGCUGGCCGGCAAGCAGAUCUUGCUAUUUACGUAAGGCUGGAGCUUUUGGAAGGAGUGGUAGCAUAUCAUAAUGGUCAAACUGAAAAGGCGAGUGGAUAUCUCACUUCUGCGCAAGCUAAAUACCUGCAGCUUCAAGUACCAGAUGAAGCUAUAUCAAUGUUAAUGGAUAUGGGCUAUGAAGCACGAUCCGCAAAAAGAGCAUUGAAGAUGACUGGCUAUGAUAUUCAAUCAUCUGUGGAUCUCCUGUGUGAGGAACGUGAAAAGAAAAUCCGUAGACAAGAGGAGGACCGAGAGAGACAAAGAGAGAUUCUGGAACAAAUGAGAUACGGUAAAACUCCCAUGAACAAGGCAGUUGACCUGCAGAAGCUGAAAGGCUUGACUAACAUUGGAUUCGAAAAGUAUCUUGCCGCAGAAGCACUGCGCAUAAAUGAAAAUGAUGCUGAUAAGGCAUUAGAUCUUUUGACAAAUCCUGAAGAAAAUUGCAUCCUGCAAAAUAAAAUCCAGGCAAAGAGGAGCCGAGCAACUCGUGGAUCAUCGAGUUCCAGGGCAGCUGCUGCUAGGACUGCUCGAGGAACCAACAAUCGUCAGGCUUUUGUUAGAGCUCCACCACAUGCUGUCGAUGGAAAUGCUCCUCCAGAUGCUGCAAAUGGAAACCUUCAAGAGGGAAACCAUGCAGAUGGGAAUCUGCCAGAGGGAAACGAUGUGGACGGCAACCCUCCAGAGGGAAACGAUGUGGAUGGAAACCCUCCAGAGGGAAACGAUGUGGAUGGCAACCCUCCAGAGGGAAAUGGUGCCCAACUUUUGGACUCUCAAGAGGCUAUGAUCAAUGAAGAAUCUGUGAAUCAAGAUGUAGUUAUGACUGAUGAAGUAGCUGUUAAUGAUGAAGAGACAAACUCUCAUCCAGUUCCAGCCAGGGACGUGUCCAUGGAAAGUGAGCUUGCCCAUGAACUGACGGGGGAUGCCUUGGAUGACUAUGAUAUUGAGGUUAGCGACGAAGGGCAGGCAAUAGCUGAGUACUUGAGCUUACUGGAGUCUGCUGCUAGUUCUUAAUGUGGAAAGAUCUACACUACUAGAUAGGUAACUCCAGCUUCAGAAUAAAAAAUACAUGUAGUUUCAGAUGUCGAGUUUGACUUAGUAUGGUGGGCUUGUACAUAAUGCUACCCGUAUGGAUUACAUAUUUACAUGAUACCUGGAAAUUUCCUA